GAACGUGCAUCUCUGGUUCUUACUCCAUUUCAAAGGCUGAGAUGAAGACAAGGAAAAGGAUGUUUGUCCUACUGUUCUCCAAAUCCAUUCCUCCCCAGUCUCUACACAAAGUAGGGAUACGGUCUCUAACAGACUUCCCAAACCAACAGUAUUUUUCUUCCAUUUCAAGCCCCGGGCACCGACUUUUCUCUCCAUGGACGUUGAUGGGCGUGUCAUCCGAGCUGACUCUUUUUCCAAAGUCCUGUCCUCUGGGUUGCGAAUAGGGUUUAUAACUGGUCCAAAGCCCUUGAUCGAGAGAAUUGUUUUACACACAGAAGUUUCAACAAUGCACACCAGCACUUUCACUCAGCUGCUGGUAUCACAGCUUCUACACCAAUGGGGAGAAGAGGGCUUCCUGGCUCAUGUAGAGAGGGUUAUUGAUUUCUAUAGGAAGCAGAGGGAUGCAUUACUGGCAGCUGCAGACAAGUGGUUAAGUGGUUUGGCAGAAUGGCAAGUUCCUACUGCUGGAAUGUUUUUAUGGGUUAAAAUUAAGGGCCUUCAUGAUGUAAGAAAACUGAUUGAAGAGAAAGCCUUUAAGAAAGAGGUAAAACAGGAAGAAAAGCUACAUUUUUUCUUUAAAGUAAUAUCUUAAUAAAAUGGCGAGAGAUGUUUAUCACUGCCCACCAACCCAAGGCAUAAUGUUUGCCUAUCAGAUGCAUUAACUCCUUACUAAGAACAUAAUAGAUUUUGGGUUACGGAAUUAGUCUCCUGGUCUAAACCAGGGGAAAUACAGUCAUUCAGCUCAGCUACUGAUUAGCUUAGUGGCUAAGAGCACACUCUCUGGAGGCACGUCCUUGGGUGUGAAUCCCAGCUCCAGCCCUGCCCUUAUAUGUGGCGUUGGGUAAAAUGCAGAUAAUAAGAAGCUCUCCCUCUUAGGGUUGCUAUGAUGAUGAAAGCAAUCAAUAUGGAUAAAGUACUUAGACCAA